CCCGUCACCACGACGCUCCCGUUUCCUUUCCGGGCUCUGAACGUUCCCUUUCUCCUCUUCCAUCUUCAGGUGCUGGUCAAAGACCCGCAUCGCUUUAUUCGACAACAGGUUCAAUUAGUAACAUGUCUUCAAUCUCGGGCCAUGGCUCGGACAGCCGGAAGAAGUUGAACAAGAGGGCGAUGGGCGACGAGGCCCUCCGCAAACGUAUCGAGAAUGAAUUGUCUCGUAAACGCACGAUCUCCACUACCUAUAACAAUUCUUUACCUCCACCGGCAGGAGGCCGCAGACGCGGCAAGCCGAGCGCGGCGAAGGGGACCGUGGCGGCUUUGAAGCCCAGUCCGGCGUUGACUGUACCGGAGACGAUCACGGUAGCGGAGGCUAGUCAGCUGUGUGCGGCGAAGAGGACGGAUUGUGUGCUUGUAGUGGACGAGGAGGAGGGGUUGAGUGGAAUCUUCACGGCGAAGGACUUGGCAUAUCGGAUUACGGCGGAGGGAGUUGAUCCCCAUGUCACGGCCGUUAGCCAAGUCAUGACCAGGAAUCCCAUGGUCACUCGCGAUACGACGAGCGCGACUGAGGCAUUGCAGCUCAUGGUCACACGUAACUUCAGGCAUCUGCCUGUCUGCAACGAAGAAGGCAACGUCGUCGGUCUCCUCGAUAUCACUAAAGUCUUCCACGAUGCCCUCGACAAGGUUGAACGCAGCUCCUCCGCCUCCGAGAAACUCUACUCCGCCCUCGCAGGCGUCCAAACCGAGCUCGGAGGUGGUAUCGCCACUAACCCCCAAGCCGCAGCCAUGCUCGCCUAUGUCGACGCGCUCCGCGAGAAGACCGCCCUGCCGGAUCUUACUACCGUCAUGGACUCUCGCACGCAGCCUGCUACCGUCGGGCCUAAGACGACGGUCAAGGAGGUGGCGAAGUUGAUGAAGGAGAGGAGGACGACGGCGGUGUGUGUUAUGGAGGGCACGACGGGGAUUAACAAUGUGCCGAGGGUGGCGGGCAUCUUCACGAGUAAGGAUGUGGUUUUGAGGGUUAUUGCGGCCGGAUUGGACGCGAGUAGGUGUAGUGUUGUGAGGGUUAUGACACCGCAUCCGGACACCGCACCUCCUACAAUGUUUGUGCACGAUGCGUUGAAGAAGAUGCAUAACGGCCACUACCUUAACCUGCCUGUCCUUGAGGCAGACGGUCGACUGGUCGCAAUCGUCGACGUGCUCAAAUUGACAUAUGCUACGCUCGAGCAGAUGAACACUAUGACUGCAGAGUCCGCUGGUGAAACCGCUGGUGAGACCGAGGGUGGCCCAAUGUGGGGUCGUUUCUUCGAUUCUAUAGGCCACGACGACACAGAAUCCGUCAUGUCGGGCUCUCACCUCCCGUCCGAAUUCCGGGACACGUCCUUCAGCUCUCAGAUACAACAAUCGCCACACUCUGAGGUUCACCCGAACGACUCUGCCUCCGUCGUUGACGAGGACCCACACGGGUCGGUCAUCAAUGGCCACAAGGGUGCGCCUUCUAUCACUGGCGCCGUCCCCGCGGUCGACGAUGGGACGUAUGUGUUCAAGUUCAGGACGCCGAGUGGAAACACGCAUAGGUUCCAGGCGAGACACGAUAACGUCGAGAACCUCCGUGAUAUCGUUUCCGGCAAACUCUCCGUCGACCCGUUCUUCGCGAGCUUCAGGCCAGAAAACGAAGACGACCCGAUCCCGGACCCUCUCGACUUCCAGCUCGCCUACACCGACGCAGACGGCGACACCGUCCUCAUGACCUCCGACAACGACGUCUCCGACUCUGUCAAGAACGCACGUCAGACACACGCCGAUCGGGUCGUCAUCAUCAUUCAGGGAGGAAAAGGAUGGGCCGAGGCUGGUGCGGGUAAGAGCGAGGCUAAGGCGCAAGAGGCGAGCGCGAAGGCGGCGAAGGAGAUCAGGGAGGUGGAGAAGACCGAGUCGACGCCGGUGGGGGGCGGGAAUGUGCCGUUGCCGGAGGGGGUGGCGUAUUCGGCGCCGACGCCAGCGCAUGUGAUACCGCAGGACGAAAUAUUCGGGAUUCCGAGGGAUAUGGUGUUGCCGGCGAGUAUUGGCGCGUUGGCGGUUGUGAUCUUGAGUGUGUUUACGAUUUCGAGGUUGACGAGGGAUUGAGGGGUGUGAUGGAGGAUUGGAAGUUGUGGAGAGUGGGAUUUGGAAUGCGGAUGGUGACUGCUUGGUUUCGUUCAUUACUACAGAAAAUGAUACCGAUCAUCGGAUGGACUACUUGGAUCUCUAAUAUCUGCUCUUCCUAGGGUGAAGCCAGAUACUUACUUCAAGAGUAUCAUACAUACCUCUUCUCCUGAUCAUAAGUCGUUCACAACUGGGUCCUUUCUCGAGCUCAAGAGCGACUCUCGGCUUGGAUACAUACCUGGUGGUACAUAUGCGUUCUACUCCCGUCGAUUCCGAUGAUGGCCCUCCACUCACUAGUUACUCUAUACGUAUUUCCUUUGGGUCUCUGGAUCUUGUACGCUGGAGGCUUUUAUAUACAUAUGAUUUUAUGAUUUUAUCCCCUUCUCGAUGUGCGCUGUGCUACGAAUUGUUACGAUUUUUCAUAUAGAAUAUGAUAACUUCCGC